AUGUCGGCUGAUACGGAACAUGCUGCUGCAGUGUUGAAGAUUGCAAAGAUAGAGUAUGCCAGUAAGGCAAUCGCCACUCUCAGCGUCGGCAUCCAACUGUUCAUGACCAUACAACGACUACCCUACCUGGUCGUCGGAUUUGUCAUCUUCCUCCUCUCUACGACGUCCACUUCUCUGAAGCACCACGUCGAGUUUGGGACGCUGUUCUUCUCGAGGAGGGAGGAUGACUACUUGGAGUGGCUUGGGCCGUCCAAUAGUGCGCAUAUUGUGCUCAGAGCGGCGAUUUGGCUCUUUUAUGGGUAUGUUGUGCUUGGGAAUGGGCUUCUGUUGCACCGACUGUACCUGGCCUGGAGUGGUAUCCUAUGGGCUAGAAUGCUAGGUACAGUAGCAUAUCUAGGAACAAUCGCGUCCACCCUCGCCUAUCUCAUCUACGUUGCACGACCAACUGCCGACCGAAAUGCCUACUUCAUUGUAGUCAACAGCCUGGUCACAGCAGCCUACAACAUUUUCAUCACCUCGUUUAUCGGGCUUCGUCUCAUUGGUACUCGAAAGAAACUGUUGAAAGGUGAAGGCGCCUCAGCCGGGUGGUGCGAAGUCGUUGCCCAUGUCCUCGUCGAGUCGGCGUUCCCGAUUGCGUUUUUCGGCUCUAUCGCAGCCAUUAUGUCGACGAAUAUCCUGUUCAAUGGUGGAAGUGCGCGUAUGUAUGUUAUAUUUAGAGUGUUUGACGUUUUGUAUGAGGUUUCUGCUGCAUUGGCGCCACAGAUGAUUGUCUUCCAGGUGGUGAUGGGCGAGAUGAAUGCUUGA